GAAGUUAUCGAACUCCCAUGCAAUUACGCAAGUAUCAAGUGUUUACAGUACUCGAUGUUGCCCAACUGCUCCUCCCUCCACUUCACCGAACUCACAUGACUGAUAAAGCUACUCGCGUUAUACAUAAUCACUUACAUAUAUUCUUUAGCAUGCAAAUCGCAUUUAUUCAUGUAACAUGACUCUAAAAUUUUAAUUUAUAUCCCAAAGACAUUCAAACAUUUUCAUUUCGCUUCAGUCCGUUGAGUAGUCAAAUAGGGAACAUAGGCAAGUUGGCAAAUUAUCAUACUAUAGGGUGACUGAAUUUGGAUUAAUCGCUGGAAUGGGGGCAAAGGAAAGGAAGGAGAGCACCCUGAUUGGGUUGAAGUAUCCGAGCUUUCGCGAUAAAGCUUGGAAAACUGGUGCAAGCUGGCUGGACGGUAAGAGGAAGGACGACGGAAUCGAAGGACUGUGGCGGGUCGGUGACAAGCUCUACGACCUGGCUCAAUGGGUUGGGAAUCAUCCUGGUGGCGCCGAGUGGCUGACCCUCUCUAAGGGAACCGAUAUCACGGAAGCGUUUGAGGCCCACCACAUUACUUCGUUUGCCGAACAACUCCUGCCAAAGUUUUACGUCCGGGACGCUACCACUCCCAGAUCCAGUCCGUUGACCUUCAAACCAGACGGUUUCUAUAGAGUGUUUAAAAGCCGCGCCAGAGAAGCCCUGAAGGGUGUCGACUUCCACAAGCCAGCGAAGUUGUCCAAUUUCAUAAUUGACUCCCUUUGCGCUGGGACGUUAGCUCUUUGCGUAACGGCCUCAGCCACGCAAUCAUUGGCUGCGAUUAUCGCCGCUGCGAUUUUCCUUACGUUGACCUUGAUAGCGGGGCACAACUACAUACACCUGAGAGAUUCGUUUCGUAUGGCCUACAUGGAUCUGAGUUUUCUUUCCUCGAAGGAAUGGCGAAUAACACAUUGUCUGAGCCAUCAUCUGUACGCCAACACAAUUUUGGACUUCGAACUCUCGGCAUUCGAGCCCUUAUUCGAUUACGUACCUCACGAAAAGGGGUUCAUCACUCGUCGUUUGUCCUGGCUUUAUAGUCCCUUAGUUUACGCCAUAGUCUAUUUCGUGAGCGGAGUCAAAAGAAUCUACAGUCUGGCUUUUGAGUGGGGCACCUUAGAUUACAGGGAUUUAACACCGUUUCUGAUCCCAGCCUUGAUGUGUUCAGUGGCACCGCCGAGUCUCGCGCUGGUUACUUGGAUGAAGGUUAUCGUUAUAUCCAGUUUUCAUUUCGGCUUGAUCGGUGUAAACGCUGCUCACCAUCACCCUGACAUCUAUCACGAUGGAGAUGUCCAUCGCGAGGAUUUAGACUGGGGCCUGGCUCAAAUAGACGCAGUCCGGGAUGGCGUCGAAAUCCAGUCUUCCCCUUUUCUCGUAUUGACCCACCUCGGAUGGCACACCCUCCACCACCUUCUACCAACCGUCGAUCAUUCUUACUUACACCUCUGCGAACCUGCCUUCGAGCAAACCUGCAAAGAGUUUGGCGUUAAUACCGAUCUAUGGACUCAGUGGAAACUCUUCAAGGGCCAAUUCAUGCAGCUACAAAACACCGAGCCGAAGAAGACGCCCAAUACUAGAUAAUCAUCUAUGUUUCAUCAUAUUAUACCUUGAUAUAUGCUUAAGAGAAUAAAAUCGAAACGACGCAUGACAUGUAAA